AUGUCUGCAGCGGGAGGUCGCGCCACAUUCCAGAUUGGUCUUGUCACUUUCAUGAUGCUCCUGGCGCUCCGGCGGAGGGCGGCCGCGACGAGGGUGGCGGGGCCGCCCGCGGCUGCGGCCGCCGGCGAGGGCGAGGUCGACCCGGAGGCGCUGGUGCAGCGGCUGCAGGCCCGGCUGGACGCCACGCGGCCGCCUCAGGGCGCCUGCGCCCUCCAGGCGCAAGGCUGGCGCGACGCUUCGAGGCUGGGCGCUCGGCUCUUCCUCGCCUUCCCCCAGGAGAGCCGAGGCGGCUUCUCCUCAGCAUCGAGAUCCGCACCGAGGACCGACCAGAUUCCUCGCUGCCCUCUGAUCUCCCUGGAGCGCGGCCGCCUCAGCGGCGGCCUGGUUCCGAUCUUCUGUGCCACCUCCCAGUGGCCCUCGUGGCUUCCGUUCUGCCAGUCCGCGGCGCUGCUGAAGCACAUUGCUCCGGGGCAGGAGGUUUGGCUGGUGCGGUUCCGGUGCGCGUUCGUCACGGCCGACUGCGUGAUUUUCCUCUGUGUGCUGGACCAUCUCGACGACGCUGGUCGCAUCGACAUGCUGAUUUGCUCCCCGGGGGAAGGCACGGAGGGCACCGAGUGGCUCGGGGCCGUGAUCCCGCCCUGCACGGGCGCGGAGGGUGGUCUGGUUCGGGUGCAGGCGGAGCUGUUGGACGCACUCGGCGUUCAGUGGAUCCACGCCCUCUUCUGGCAGACCCUGUGCGUGCGCAUCCUGCCAGUCAUCGAGGGCGUGCAUCGGGCGUUCGAGGGCUCCGCCCUGGACCAGUUCUUCAAUUCCAGCACGCGGGGCGUCGUGCUCCGGGACUUCUUCGCGGGGCUGGCAGGCCGAGUCGAGCGCUUCCUCUGCCAGCAGGGGCAAAACAACGGCAGCAGCUGCCGCGGCCGGAGCGGCGAUGGCGCCGGCGGCUCCGUGGCCGACCCGGUCCUGCCCGCCGUGGCGGCCCUGCGCGCCCUCAAGGACCGCGCCGCGCCCUGGCGCUCGCUGGCGGACCGCGGCGAGGCGCCGGACGCCAUGACCGCCGCAGCCACGGCCGCGGGCACGACGACCGCCGCGGCAGUGGCCGCAGGCAGAACGACCGCCACGGCCGCGGCCAAGACCACUGCCACGCAGACGGCGACCGCAACGGCCGAGGCCACGGCGACGGCGACCGCCACCGCCACCGCCACGGCCACGGCCACGGCCACGGCCACCAGCGCCACGGCCACGGCCACCCCGACCGCGGCGGCGACCACGGCCGCGGCGGCGACCACGGCCGCGGAGACGACCACGGCCGCGGAGACGACCACGGCCGCGGAGACGACCACGGAGCCAACGGCCGAGGGCGCGGGGAUCGCCGUGGCGGGCGCCACAGGGGUCGGGGCCGCGGGCGACCAGGCGGCCUCGCUCGAGCCCCUCACCGUCGCGGCGAGCUCCACCGCGACGAGCAGGGCCUCGACGACGUCGUCGACCGCCGCAACGACGCGUGCCGACGAGGCCACCAGCUCCACGACUGCCACGACGGAGGUCGCCUCUUCCACGAUUGAGAUCGCUCUGGCGGCGUCCGCAGCGGAGGCUAGAAGUUCUCAGCCCCACCAGGGGUCGGCCUUCAAUGCUGGUGACGGGGGCAUGCUGAUCCUGCUAGCAUUCUUUAUAUUUCUGCGACUUGCUGCUUCGAUCCAGUGA